AUCCAACCCACACCCACUACCCAUCCACACUUCCCACCACCGCCUCCUCUCUUCUUGCCGUUACUCUGGCAUCAAGACUAAGAGGACAUUUUAGACCACCCCGCGGGCGGCAGGGAAUCUUUCCUUCUCUCUAAAACGGGGCCGUAGCCCGGCGCAAGACACGACCUUCUACCGCGCCUACACAUCCUCCGUCGGCCCCUGCUCCUCCAUCUCGUCCCACUCUCUACCUCCACUCUUGUCAACAUGUCGGGCGCAAAGAAGGGCAAGGACCUGUCCCAGUUCAACUAUGGUGCCAUCAGUAGUCUCGUCGUCAACCAGGACCGCUCGGUCAUCCGCAGCGACGAGCCUACCGGCCAGCCCGAGUCGCUGGUCGGCCGCAUCAAUGUCAAGGACAUGGGCUCGCGCGUGACGCGCGAGGCACCCAAAGACCUCGAGAAGAAGAAGAAGAAAGCCGCGCGCUCCCAGGCCGACGAGGUUGAACGGCAAAUUCGACGGCAGCAGGAGGUCUCGACAGCGCGCUUCGGUGCCGCCGACGUGCUCGCGUCUGUGGCGGAAAUGGAGGGCUUGCGGUACAGGCCGCGGACAGCCGAGACGAGCGAGGUGUACGAGCUCAUCCUGGGGUUAGUCCACCGUCAGCUCGGCGACCAAACGCAGGAGGUUGUGCGUUCCGCCACCGACACCAUCCUCGAGACGCUCAAGGACGAGGACAUGAAGGAAUUCGACAAGCGCAAAGAGGUCGAGUCUGUGACUAGCCCGCUUGACGAGGACGCAUGGCAGCAACUCGUCAACCUCAGCAAGAAGAUCACCGACUAUUCCGAGGAGAACGAGCAGGGUGGCGAGGGCGACGACCGCGAGCGCGCCGUCGACAACGAAGGUGUUGCUGUCUUGUUCGAGGAUGACGACUCGGACGGAGACCAGGACUUUGAGAUCAAAGAUCGCGCGUCCGAUGACGAGGACGAAGACGAGGACGCGGACGCCGCGGAGCGGGAAGAAGAAGACGCUGGCGGUGAUGAGCCUAUGGACGAAGCAGACGAGGCUGUCGUGCUUGGGCGAGAGGGUGGUAAGAGAAAAGGGAAAGCCGACGACAAGCUGUCACCCCUCGACGUCGACGGUUUCUGGCUGCAGCGCCAGAUCGGCGCUGCUUACCCCGAUCCCGUCCAGGCCGCCGACUUGACACAACAGGCCCUUGACCAGCUGAGCACCGAGUCGGAGCUGCGCGACCUCGAGAACAACCUCGCCGAGCUGUUUGGUUACGAGAAUUUCGAUCUUGUCGCCACCCUGACCAAGAACCGCGACGUCAUCGUUUGGUGCACCAAGCUCGCGCGUUCGAGCGACGACGAGCGCCACGAUAUCGAGGUUGCCAUGCGCGAGAAGGGUGUCGGGUGGAUUCUUCGGGAGCUCCGCGGCGGACGCAAGGCCGACGAGGCUGCGCCACAGCCCGUCGCUAUCCCUACCAAAGCGACGCUCGCGCCCGGCUCCGUCGCGCAGCCUCAGCGCGUCAUCGACAUCGACUCUCUCAUCUUCUCGGAGGGCGGCCACCUCAUGUCCCGCAAGAAGGUCAAGCUUCCCGAGGGCUCUUUCAAGCGCCAGUUCAAGGGCUAUGAGGAGAUCCACGUUCCUGAACCAAAGCGCCGCGAGAUCGUCCCCGGCGACUUGGUGUCUGUCAAAACCAUGCCCAACUGGACGCAGCCGGUAUGGGCAAGCGUCAACACCACCAAGCUCAACACCAUUCAGAGCAAGGUGUUCCCGAUCGCUUUCGAGACAGACGAGCCCAUGCUUAUCUGUGCCCCGACUGGCGCGGGUAAGACCAACUGCGCUGCUCUCGCGAUGCUCCGCACAAUCCACAAUGCGCGCGACCCUGAGACUGGCAUCAUCAACCGUGACGCGUUCAAGAUCAUCUACGUGUCGCCCAUGAAGGCGCUGGUGCAGGAGCAAGUUACGGCGUUCAGCAAGCGCUUUGCGGCGCUCGACAUCAGGGUCGCCGAAUUGACAGGCGACUCGCAGCUUACCAAGCAGCAGAUUGCCGAGACUCAGAUCAUUGUCACGACCCCGGAGAAGUGGGACGUCAUCACCCGCAAGGCUACCGACGCCUCGUACACCAACCUUGUGCGCCUGAUCAUUGUUGACGAGAUCCACCUGCUCCACGACGACCGUGGGCCGGUCCUCGAGUCCAUCCUCUCGCGUACCAUCCGUAAGAUGGACCAGACCCACGAUGCUGUCCGUGUUGUUGGUCUAUCAGCCACACUUCCAAACUACAAGGAUGUGGCUGCCUUCCUGCGCGUGGACGUGAAGAGGGGUUUGUUCUACUUUGAUGCCUCGUACCGCCCGGUCGGCCUCAAGCAACAGUUCAUCGGUGUCACAGAGAAGAAGGCUAUCAAGCGGCUGCAGACCAUCAACGAGGUGUGCUACGAGAAGGUGCUUAACCAAGCCGGCAAGUCGCAGACCCUUGUCUUCGUCCACUCGCGUAAGGAGACGGCCAAGACGGCCAAGUUCCUCCGCGACAUGGCAAUGGAGAAGGAGACGCUCUCGCAGUUCAUCAACCCUGAGGGCGCGUCCCGCGAGGUGCUCAUCCACGAGGCCGGCGACGCAAAGGAUCUCAAUCUCAAGGAUCUUCUGCCCUUCGGCUUCGGUAUCCACCACGCCGGUAUGACCCGCGAGGACCGUACCACCGUCGAGGACCUGUUCAUGGACGGCCACAUCCAGGUGCUCGUGUGUACCGCAACUCUUGCUUGGGGUGUCAAUCUUCCUGCCCACACUGUCAUUAUUAAGGGCACACAGGUGUACAACCCCGAGAAGGGUCGCUGGUCCGAGCUGUCGCCUCAAGACGUCCUGCAGAUGCUUGGCCGUGCUGGUCGCCCCCAGUUCGACACGUACGGUGAAGGCAUCAUCAUCACCAACCAUGGAGAGCUGCAGUACUACACCUCUCUCAUGAACCAGCAGCUCCCCAUCGAGUCGCAGUUCGUCUCGCGCAUGGUCGACAACCUCAACGCCGAGAUCGUCCUGGGUUCCGUCCGCAACCGCGACGAGGGCGUACAGUGGCUCGGCUACACGUACCUCUACGUGCGCAUGCUGGGCUCGCCAGCACUGUACAACGUUGACGCUGAUUACCUUGAGGGCGACGACGCGCUGGUCCAGAAACGCGCCGACCUCAUCCACUCCGCAGCCGUGCUCCUCGAGAAGGGCGGUCUUAUUCGUUACGACCGCGCGACUGGGGUGUUCCAGAGCACUGACCUCGGCCGCAUCGCGUCCCACUACUAUGUUGCGUACACCUCGAUGGCGACGUACAACAAGCACCUCAAGGCCAACCUUGGCCUCAUCGACCUGUUCCGUGUCUUUGCAUUGUCCAACGAGUUCAAGCUCAUUCCCGUCCGCCAGGAGGAGAAGCUUGAGCUUGCCAAGCUCAUUGAGCGUGUGCCUAUCCCAGUGAAGGAGAGUGUGGACGAGCCAGUUGCCAAGAUCAACGUCCUCCUCCAGGCGUACAUCUCCAAUCUCAAGCUUACGGGCUUUGACGUCGUCACUGACAUGGUCUUUGUCCAGCAGAGCGCUGGCCGUAUCAUCCGCGCCAUGUUCGAGAUCUGCUUGAAGAAGGGCUGGGCGCAGCCAACGCACCUGCUCCUGGACAUGUGCAAGAUGGUCGAGCGGAGGAUGUGGAAGUCGAUGACCCCCUUGCGCCAGUUCCCGCGAAUCCGCCCAGAGAUUGUGCAGAAGGCCGAGCGCAAGGAGUUCCCAUGGUACCGCUACUUCGACCUCGACGCGGCCGAGCUCGGCGAGCUGCUCGGCAUGCCCAAGAGCGGUAUGCUAAUCAAGUCGUACGUCGACAAGUUCCCGCGCCUCGACCUGCAGGCCCACGUGCUGCCUCUCACCCGCUCCCUACUUAAGAUCAACGUCACGAUCACGCCAGACUUCCAGUGGGACCACGACAUCCACGGCCACGGCCAGCUCUUCUGGCUGCUGGUGGAGGAUGUUGACGGCGAACGCAUCUUGUUCCACGACUCGUUUGUGCUGCGCGAGCGCUUCGCCGAGGACGAGCACUACGUCACCAUCACCGUACCCAUCUCGGACCCUGUCCCGCCCAACUACUACAUCUCGGUCAUCUCGGACCGCUGGCUGCAGGCUGAAACGCGUCUGCCAGUGUCGUUUGCGCACCUCAUCCGGCCCGAGCCGUUCCCACCCCACACCCCGCUUCUCGACCUCCAGCCGCUCCCCGUGUCCAAGCUCAACAAUCGGACUUUCGAGUCGCUGUAUCCCUUCGAGGACUUCAACAAGAUCCAGACGCAGGUCUUCCCCGCGCUGUUCACGACCGAUGACAACGUGCUCAUCGGCGCGCCAACAGGCUCGGGCAAGACGAUUUGCGCCGAGUUCGCGCUCAUGCGAUUGUGGAUGAAGAAGGACCCACCACGUGCGGUGUGCAUCCUGCCGUACCAGGAGAUGGUCGACAUGCGAGUGGCCGAGUGGAAGAACAAGUUCGGCGGGCUCGAGAAAGAGGUGGUAGCGCUCACGGGCGAGUCUACUGCUGACCUUGCGCUGCUGCGCAAGGCCGACGUUGUCGUGUGCACACCGUCGCAGUGGGACAUGCUCUCGCGCCGCUGGAAAACCCGGAAGGAUGUCCAGUCGAUCGGCCUCCUCAUUGCCGACGACCUCCACCUUAUCGGUGGCGAUGUCGGCUCGACGUAUGAGGUGAUUGUCUCGCGUACCCGCUACGUCAGCCAGCAGACCGAGAUCCCCACGCGUAUCGUCGCGCUCGCGGUGUCGUUGUCGAACGCCCGCGACCUCGGCGACUGGAUGGGUGUGUCGAACCAGAACGUGUUCAACUUCUCGCCCUCGGCCCGCCCAUUGCCUCUCGAGGUGCACAUCCAGAGCUUCAACGUGCCUCAUUUCCCGUCGCUCAUGCUGGCAAUGGCCAAACCCGCAUACCUCGCCAUGGUCGAGAAUGCCAAGGGGCGGCCAACAAUUUGCUUCGUCGCGUCGAGGAAACAGACCAAGCUUACCGCCAACGACAUCCUCACAUAUGUGUUGGCGGACGAGGACGAGGAGCGCUUCCUCAACGUUGACCGCGCGGACCUUGAGCCUCACCUCGAGCGCCUUGACGACGAGGACCUCAAGGAGACGCUGCGGUACGGUAUCGGGUUCUACCACGAGGCGCUGUCCAAGCGCGAUCAGAAGAUUGUCACUGCGCUCUUCGACUCGGGGGCAAUCAAGGUGCUCGUCGCGUCCAAGGACACGGCGUGGUCGUUCCCCGUCGCCAGCUACAUGGUCAUCAUCAUGGGCGUGCAAUACUUUGACGGCCAGGAGCACCGUUACGUCGACUAUGCGAUUGCCGACGUGCUCCAGAUGAUGGGCCGCGCGUGCCGCCCAAGCAUCGACUCGUCGUCGCGAUGUGUCCUCAUGUGCCAGCAGACGCGCAAGGACUUUUUCAAGAAGUUCAUCAACGAGGCGCUUCCUGUCGAGUCGAGCCUGCCGACGUUCCUGCACGACCACUUCAAUGCCGAAAUUGUCGCGCGCACCAUCGAGAACAAGCAGGAGGCCGUUGACUGGUGCACGUGGACAUGGUUCUACCGCCGCCUGUCGCACAACCCGGGCUUCUACAACUUGCAGGGUACGACGCCGACACACGUUGCCGAGUACCUGUCCGAGCUGGUCGAGAGCACGGUCAACGACCUCGAGCAGAGCGAGUGCAUCAUCGUACAGGACGACAUGGACCUGCUGCCGAACAAUCUCGGCAUGAUCGCAUCGUUCUACUACAUCUCAUAUGUGACGGUCGAGACGUUCUCGGCCUCGAUAAAGGAGACAACCAAGCUCAAGGGCUUGCUCGAGAUUGUCUCGUCGGCGCACGAGUUUGAGAGCAUUCCGAUCCGGCACCACGAGGACUCGUUGCUUGAGCGCAUCUACGACCGUGUGCCAGUCAAGGUUGCCAAGCCCGACUUCCACUCGCCUUACUUCAAGACGUACCUUCUCCUCCAGGCGCACUUUAGCCGUAUGCACCUGCCGGCCGACCUCACGAUCGACCAGGCGUCCAUCCUUGGCAAGGUCACUGGCCUGCUGAGCGCGUGCGUCGACGUCAUGUCGUCCAAGUCGUUCCUAAACUGCUUGGGCGCGAUGGACCUGUCGCAGAUGUGCGUGCAGGGCAUCUGGGACCGCGACUCGCCCCUCAAGCAAGUGCCGUACUUUGACGCGGAUGUGCUGGCGCGCUUCAAGAAGGCGGACCGGGACUCGGUGUACGACAUCAUGGAGCUGGAGGACGACGAGCGCAACGAGCUGCUGCAGAUGGACGACCGCAAGCUGGCGCGCGUGGCCAAGUUUGUCAACUCGUACCCGAACAUUGAGGUGGCGUACGAGGUCGAGGACAAGGACGAGCUGGACAGCGCGACGCCCGUCACGCUGUCGGUGACGCUCGACCGCGAGGCGGACGAGGAAAACCCCGACGACAUGUUGGCGGACGCGCCGCUGUUCCCGCACCGCAAGAUGGUGCAGUGGUGGCUUGUGGUCGGCGACCACAAGAGCAAGGCGCUGUACGCGAUCAAGAAGGUUACGGUCAAGGCGCGGCUCGAGGCCAAGCUCGAGUUCAACUUGCCCGCAGGCGAGCACGACCUCAAGCUGUACCUCAUUUGCGACUCGUACGCGGGUGCAGACCAGGACUUUGACCUUGAGACGCUCAAGGUCGCGGAGGGCGACAGUGACGACGAUGACAGCGACGACGGGAUGGACGAGGAUUAGACUGUUAGCAGUAUAGAUAUGCAUCAUUAGCACUUG